AAAAAAGAAAAAGUGUGACAUUCUGAGCUCAUCAAUCCAUUGUUGUCUAUAAAGUAUGAACUUACGAGUGAGGGAGGGAUCUUGCAUUUCAUACUCCAACAACACAAUUGUCUGUCUGAAGUCACUCAAAUUUCCUGCACGACGUCGUUUUGUUCUGGAAAUUUAGGGACGAAUUCUGAAUUUUUCACCGUAAUUAAUUAAUUAAUUAAUUAUAACAAAAUGGAGGGUGGUAUGAAGAGGGAUCUGUGUGUGGAUGACGAAUGCAUGACGGAGAUGGGAUAUCAGAAAUCAUAUGGGUGCUCGCAUUAUCGAAGGAGGUGUAAGAUCAUAGCACCAUGUUGCAAUGAGAUAUUUGAUUGCAGGCACUGCCACAAUGAUGCUAAGAACUCGAUAGAAGUUGAACCACUCGAUCGACAUGAUAUUCCACGACAUCAACUCGAAAGGGUCAUCUGCUCGUUGUGUAAUACAGAACAAGAUGUUCAACAGAUGUGUAUUAAUUGCGGGAUUUGUAUGGGGAAUUACUAUUGCUCGAUAUGCAAAUUCUUCGAUGAUGAUGUUUCGAAGAAUCAAUAUCACUGCGAGAAAUGUGGAAUAUGCAGAACCGGUGGCAAAGAAUACUUCUUCCAUUGUGAUAAAUGCGGAUGCUGCUAUUCAAAUUUAUUGAAGGAUUCACAUAUAUGCAUCGAGAGAGCAAUGCACCACGAUUGUCCUAUUUGCUUUGAGUAUCUCUUCGAUACACCAAGAGACACUACGGUGCUUCCAUGCGGUCACACCAUACAUCUUAACUGUGUUAAAGAAAUGGAACGCCAUUUCCAGUAUUCAUGUCCUGUUUGCUCAAAAUCAUAUUGCGAUAUGACUCGUAUUUGGGAAAGGCUUGACCAGGAGAUUGCCUCAACACCUAUGCCUCAAAUGUAUAAAGAUAAAAUGGUAUGGAUACUCUGCAAUGACUGUGGAGAAACUUCGGAGGUGAAUUAUCAUAUUUUGGCACACAAAUGCACGAAUUGCAAUUCGUACAAUACGAGGCAGACUAGAGGAGGCCAUAGACCAUGCUCAUCCAGGAUAUCGGAGAUGGUUAGAUGAUCGGAAUUUUUUAUUUAUUUUUUAUUUUAUUUUAUUGUUUUAUGUAUAUAUCUUUUAAAGAAUAAUUGUGUCCAUCUUGUAUCAAACUAAAAAUGCUAAUGUAAAAACCUAUUCCUCGAUUAGGUUUUUCGGUCUUUUUAUCAUCCUCGGAGGACAAGUUCUAGAUGUGUAAUAAUAUAUAAUGACUUUGUUAUGAAAAUAUAUAUUCUUUCAAUA